AUGCUGGCGCCGAUCAUCACGAAGGACAUGAAGCUGUUCCCCACUCGACCGUUACCGGCCGGGAUUAAGAAUGUGCGUAGUCGUGCACAAAGCCUGGACCAAUUCAGUCAGGUGCAGAACAGCGGUAGUGCUCGUGGUCGUAUUGUGCCG